AUGCCCAUGAAGUUCAGGGAGGGCAAGAUCGAUGAGCCAGCUGCAACGAAAACUCGUCUGGGAUUGACAAUCUACGGUGUUUUAAAAUAUAGCGAACAAAACCUACGCGAUGAUUUGCAGUUACACAUAUGUGAAUGCGACGAUGACUUAGCUAUCCAGAAGCUUCUAAUUGAAAGCAUGAAACAUGAAAGCGCAGAUAUACAAACCCAACCAUGCGAUUUAAAAUAUGAGAAUGAUAAAAAUCGACUUGCCAAAUACGUCGAAUGCACCGGCGACCAUUUUACGACUAAGCUACUCUGGCGUUCACGUAACAUAUCACUGCCAGACAAUUACGAGGUGGCAAAGCGUCGACUUGAGUGCUUUGAGAAGAAGCUCAACCAGGAUUCUGGCUUUAAAGAGAAUGUAAUCGCGGACAUACAUGGCAUGAAGGAAAGGCAGUACAUUCGCAAGCUGAAUGAAUGUGAAGUCUAUAUGGAUUAUAAGCGUAAAUGGUAUUUACCUAUAUUUUCGGUUAGAAAUCCCAACAAGCCAAAAAAGACAAGAUUGAUCGGCAUCUGUGCGGAUAUCUGUGAAAUGUUUCACAGAGUCAGUGCAGACGAGGAGGAUCAGCAUGCACAAAGAUUCCUUUGGCGUGAUUGCGAUGAUUCUCGAGCGCCAGAUGUCUACGUCCUGAAGGUUAUGUCAUUCGAAACCAGCUGCUCACCAUCAAUCGCGCAGUACGUAAGAGUUAAAAACGCGGAAGAGUCUUUACAGGAGUUUCCGAGGGCUUCCAAGUCAAUAAUUGAACGAGAUUACGUGGAUGACAUGUUGGACAGCGCUGAUAGUCCACAAGAAGCCAUCCAGCUGGCCAGAAAUGUAAAGGAGGUGCAUAAACGCGCAUGUCGCGAGGUGAAAAUUCCGAGAUGUUACUUUGGCAGCUUUAAAAACGAUGAUUGUAAAGUCGAACUACAUGUUUUCGUGGAAGCAAGCGAGUCUGCAAGUGCAGCUGUGGCCUAUUUCAGCAUUUUGAACGAUCUCGGAAUUCAAGUGGCUCUAGUCAGCUCCAAGACUAAGGUUGCGCCUUUGCGCGCAAUAUCAAUACCGCGAAUGGAAUUGACCGCAGCAGUUCCAGGAUUACGCCUAGUAAAUGCGAUUGUUAAAGGGCAUGACUUCGCAAUUCACAAUACACAUUUUUACACAGAUUCAAAAACAAUACUGACUUCGCUGCGUUCCGAUCCACGUAAAUACAAACAAUUCGUAAUGUUCAGGGUAGCUGAAAUACAAGAAAAUAGCGACAUAUCAAAAUGGCAUUUCGUGACCACCAAACAAAACGCAGCGGAUGCAGAAACCAAAUGGAAAAAUUCAAAUGAAUUUGCUCCAACCAAUCCAUGGUUCACCGGUCCGGAUUUUUUACGGCUACCACAUGAAAAGUGGCCAAAAAGAGGUCAACCCAUAGAAAUAUUCAGCGACAAUGGUACUAACCUGGUUUCAGCUGAGAACGAGUUACGUAAAGCCUACGCAGAACUGGAUUUCUAUACUCUACAGGCGAAACUAACAACCGCGGAAUGCAAAUGGACUUUUAUUCCACCAGCAAGUCCUCACAUGGGCGGCGCCUGGGAGCGAUUGAUACGCUCAGUAAAGAACGUAAUGUACCACAUCGUUACACCCGACACCAAGCUAACAGACGAGAAACUACAUAAUCUGCUUUUAGAAGUGGAAAGUAUUGUCAACGGUCGUCCGCUUACUUACUUAUCGUUGGACGCAGCCGACCAAGAAGCUUUAACGCCCAAUCAUUUUUUUCUGGGUAGCUCCUAUGGCAGCAAACCACCAAGCAAAUUCUGCUGA